GGCGGCGCUGCCGGGGACGCGGCGAUGGCCGAUUACUGGAAAUCUCAGCCAAAAAAAUUCUGCGAUUACUGCAAGUGCUGGAUAGCAGACAACAGACCUAGCAUUGAAUUUCAUGAAAGAGGAAAGAAUCAUAAAGAAAAUGUGGCAAAAAGAAUUAGUGAGAUUAAAAAGAAAAGCUUGGAAAAAGCAAAAGAAGAGGAAAACAUGUCAAAAGAAUUUGCAGCAAUGGAGGAGGCUGCAAUGAAAGCAUAUCAAGAGGAUUUGAAAAGGCUUGGAAUUAAGCCAGAUGAUGUAGGUCCCAGUUCAACACAGAUUAAAACACAGAGUAACACAGUGGAAACUAAAGGAAAGAAAGAAAAGAAAGAGAAGAAGGAAAAGAAGGAAAAGAAAGAAAAGAAAAAAAAGACACCUCAGGACACCUCAAUGCCACCAAAAACUGAAACGAAGGAGUGGGUGCAAGGGUUUUCUCCCGAAGGCUAUACAUACUAUUACAACACAAGAACAGGAGAAUCACAAUGGGAGAAACCUAAAGGAUUCCAAGGCAACUCUCAAAACUCACAAACGGCAGCAGAGUGGGUAGAAGGUGUCACUGAAGAUGGUCAUACCUAUUACUAUAACACACAAACAGGAGUAUCGACAUGGGAGAAACCGGAUGGUUUUGUUUCAUCUUCAAAUGAGAAGAGUCAACGUGACAAGCAUUCUGAAGAGCUUGCAGAAACAGAUUCCAAAGCGUCUGAAUCAGACUCGGAAGAUAGUGAAAAUGAAGCACAGAGUUCAGAAACAAAUUUCAAGAGGAAAGGAGAUAAUGGUGACGAAUCAGAGGAAGGGAAAAAAUCUCCCAAAGCUAAAAAGUUAAGUCCUUAUGGGAAAUGGCGAGAAGUUAAGCCAAAAGAAACCGUUGAUAAAGAGGAAAGUACGUCAGCUUCCCAAGAAACCUCCAGUGAUGCAUCUAACAAGACUAACCCUUAUGGAAAAUGGAAAGCAAUUAAGGAAGUAGAAGAAGAAGAAGAAGAACCAUGUGAAAAAGUGGAUCUGGAGCUUCCUAGUACAGAGAGUGACAAUCUACCACCUCCAGUGCUAGAGGUUCCAGAAGAUGAGACAGUGAUAUUUAAAGAGAAGACAGUCACCUCCCUCGGAGACCUGACAGAAGGGGUGCCAACAUUUAAAAAGAGGAAAUUUGAAAAUGGAAAAUCUAGAAACUUAAGACAAAGACUAAGUGAUCAGUAAUACUUAACAAAUCAUUUUAGAUUCUGUUUAACCUAGAGUGAAUCAAAAGUUUAAUAUUUUAAACAGGCUUUUAUAAAGAAAAUGUUGGAUAGAAAUUAAGGAUUUAUAGGUAUUAAAACACGUGAGUUGUAAUAUUUUUUUAUUUUGUUUUGAUGUGAUUGAUUUUGGAAUGGAAGUUUGUGGUAUAUUACUUAUGCAAUAUUGUAAAUACAUUUAUUUUUUAUUUUAACCAUGCCAUCUAAGUUCAAUUUGCUCUAUGUAUGCAGUUUUAAAUAAAUUGUGUAAGGUUUUUACUCCUUUUCUAAGUAUGGGAGAAUGUAGUAAUCCUUAAUCUGGCAAAAAUUAUGCAGACCUUUUAUUUUUACAGAGGCAUUGGAUCAAUGGCAUGUACUAGAGAGUAAAAUCAUCCCCCAAGAUUAUUUAUGUGGAGUAGUUUCCCAACUAAUGAGUAAAAAUAUUGUGCGUACUAACCUUUGGCUAAUUGCUUGCAAAAGAGUAGGUGGUGAGAGUGCCAACAUUUCAAAUAGAUCAUUUGAAAGCUGGUUUUAGAGGAGUUAGUCACAUCAGUGCUACUCAUUUCAAAUAACGUUCUGAAAGAAAUUAUUUGUGUUACAUACAUGAUAAACAUAUUAAACCUCUGCAGAAGAUUUAAACUUGUUGAAUCUUAACUUUUAAUAACAGCAUCAGAGCCAGCCCUGUUGUAGUAGGUAUUUCUGUGGUGUCUUCCUGCUGUAUUUUGCUUUAUUAUUGUCUCUACUUGAAUUUUUCUUUCUUUUUACACAUCAAGUUUUCUUUUUUUGGUCUUCUUUCUUUUUGUCUCUUUCCCUGUAAAAAAAACAUUGCCUGAUAUUUUAAUGAAAAAAUGUUCCAAAGACCUGGCCCUCCUACAGCACGCAGCCCCCUUUUUGAGGCUGAUGGGAUUUGUCUGUUGAUAGGAGGAGUGUGUUGAGUAGUUGCAGUGUUUGCUAAGCUGAGAGGGGCCAGAUGUAUUGAAGUUUCAUCAUUCUCACUACCAUAGGAGAGGAAAACAAAAGAUGGAUAAGUAGAGCUGAUGGCUGUACUGUCCAAGGUGGCUUCUUAAGGACUGUAGAUUUGAUUUCUUCACUUGGUGGGACUGAUCUGCAUUUAGCAUCAUCGAGAUUCAUUGGCUGUGUAAGAAUACAGCUAUGCUUAUUGCUUCUCUAGGUAUCAAACAGUGGACCAUAAAGGUUCAAAUCAUGAAUCCAUUACAAAAUAUGUCUCUAUUUCUAAAGCUCACAUUGUUUUGUUCAGGAGAGUCCCGGUCAAAAACGGACGGUGCAGUUAAGCCAGUUGUCAGAGUCCAGCUACAGCAAAAUAGAGUUGAUAACUGCUGAGCCUGAACUUCAUGGAGAAAAUGACUGUUAACCUGUCAGAUCAGCAGAGAAAGGAGUACAAGACAGGGAAUCUGGUUUAUCAUGUAUUACAAAGGAAGCUGAAGUCCUUUUUUCUAUUCUGCGACAUUUUCUCUGUGUGUAGAAGAGAAUUAAGUACUGUAUUAAAUCCCUUGUGUUUCUUUGGCUUCAUCAGGGUUGUUGUAUUUCUUCUGAUGUUGUGAGAAAUUUGAAAGUUUCCUGUAAUAUCUAGCCCUGUAUUGUCAUUUAGAGAAGCAGGAUGCAUGCUGGAUGCUCUAACAGUCAUAGAUGCGGGAAUGUACAACAUGUACUCCACAUGAAAGACCUCACAUGCAAGGCUAGAACAGAAAUGUCCUUUCUACUGAGGAGAGGUUGUCAGGUUUCUUAAAAAGCAGAUUUUUCAGAUUUUGUUCUUACUCUUAUUUGAACAUUACUUCAGCAGCUAGGAGCCUGCUCUAACUUGAAGCCUCCAUGUGUUUGCGACCAGUUUACACUCAUUUCCUCCCAACUAACACAAGUACUGCCCCUUCAGCUAAGUAGCUUUUCUUCCUCUUGAAUCCAUCGUGUCUUUUCUGAGUCACAUAAAGCAUCCUUCUGUGACAGGACCUUCCGUGCUCCACCAGCACUUCUCUUCCUCCAUUCCAGUCUGAGUUUGCCUAGGCUCUAUGUUCAAGGAAGAUUUAAGGCCACACGUGAUGUCACUAAUACGUCCUUAGCAUAUUGGAAAUAACUUCUGAUACAUCCCUAAACCACAUUUGCCUUUCACAUGACUGCAUCAUGUUGCCUGCCGUGGGUGCCCUGUGAUUUACCAGUACAACUAGCUCUUUCUGCUCCAUUGCCAUUGCCAACUGCGGAGUUAACAGCUGAUCAUGCUUUCCUUUCAAGCACAUUUUUUUUCCCUCACAAAUUUGUUUUGUAUUCCUGUACUCAUCCUGUUUCUGUUACUCCAAGCCUAAAGUAUAUUUAUUUCUUUAUGAUAUCUGUAAAAUAAUUAUGUUGUUAUUUAUUAGUACAGUUUUAUACAGUAGUACAGGUUUUUUGUAGGCUCCACUUUUAAUAUCCCCUGAGGAGGACAUCUUUCCUCUUCUAGUGAGCGCAUCUUUCCUUAAAAACGUUUUGUCACAUUGAAGUGGUCAUAGGCAGUGAUUUAAGAUACCUGUAACUAAAUUGCUCGAGCAGAUGUUUAAAAACAUCUGAAAAUGAAAGUGUUCAAAACUUGUUUCCUUGAGGAGCUGCUGUUAGUUGUAACAUGAACCAAAGAUCUUUGUCAAGUACUGUGUUUAACAGACAAACAAAACCAAGUAUUUACAUUAGGAAAAAAGAUGAAAUGUUUUCUUUGUUCACUGCUAGUAAAUGGUUUAAAUACCAUACACUUUCUUUUGCUGAUGUGACUUCUAAAGCCUGCAUUUCACAAAGAAAUACAGCGCCUCUCUUCCCACUGCCUCUGAAAGACAGUUUGAGGAGAGACCAGUUUAUUCUUUGUCCUUAAGUGUAAAUUAUAAUAAGGGCCCAUUGAAUCAAAUUUGAUAUAUCCAAAGCCCCUGUUUAAUUUUACAUCAUGCUGUCAUUUGAUGUCCUUAUUGUGUAUCUAAACCAAAUAUUUUCUCUUCUCUACAAAAAUACUGUCUUGUGUGAGAUUUAAGGCAGACGCUGCUUUUCCAGGACAUCUGUUCUGCACAGAUCUCUCUCCCUGCAAAAUCUUCUGCCUUUGGAAUUUGCCGUAGGAAUCCUCUAGGUAUUACCACAGUUACACUCCUCAUCUGCUAAUCCUUCCUUGGGCUGCACUGGCUUUUGACAAAGGAAUGUUCCUUUUACUGUUUCAGAAGAACAGUGUUUUCAGAAGAAGAGUGUUUUGGUUUUUUGACUAAUCCAUUUUCUAUCAUGCAGCAUGUUUUUAUCUGCUUGCCUGCUUUUAUUGCAAGCUCCUUGAGUAAGGACUACAUCCUUGGUGUUAUAGGCUGUCUUAGACAUUAUUAGCAAUAUGAGAAGGAGGGUUGGAGGGAAAGGGGGAGCCAUUGCAAUUUCUGAUGAUUAUUUCUUUUGUGUGAUUUUGAGCAAGUCAAUUCACUGCUCUGUAUUUUUGUUUCCUUGCCUCAUCUUUCACCUGUCUUACCUGUUUAGAAGGAGCUUCGCAGUACAGGAUGCUUAUCUUUGAUGUGCAUGUUUCUGCAGUAGGGCCUGCCUGAAGUUGGCGAUGCUUUUAGAAGCAAACAUAUUGCAUACACUAAAAAAGAAAAUUAUUUUGUUAGGCAUUUGUUGUGCCAAGAACUGUGCAGAGGCCUGCUCAGUUUGACUCAGGUUAUAGAAUAAUCCUUGUUUCUAUUUAGGCUAAGCCAAAUUUUAACCCUUCACCUGGGAAUUUGUAGAUUGAAAUCCAGACUUUCCCAAUAGGGUGAAGUGUUUUUUGUUUGACCCUUGUAGACAAAGUCUGUGCUGCAGCAUCAUCCAAUCCCAAUAUUCAGAUUUAGAAGGUGGGAAGGCUGAUAAUGACAUGGAUCUGAGUUAAAUUCACUAACAAAACAUUUCUCCUUCCCCCCCACCCCCGCAAAAAGAUGUUAUUUCAGUACAUAUUUCGGCAUCUCAGAAAGGGAGUAAAAAACUAUUUCAUGCUGCUUGGUUUCCUUGAUUUGCUUUUUGAGUUGCGCCUCCCCUUUUCAGUACUUUUCUUAUUAUUGCUGUCUUCCUCAAACUGUCUUCCUCCAGCAUUCCUAUAUAUGCAAAUCUACACAUCACCACUGUGCCGCGUUUCUAGCGUCCACCUCUACCUUACCCCCUGCUCUACUGAGAUCUUGGGAAAGCUUCACGUUGUCUUAUGUAGGCCACCGUUGUCUCCAGAUCCCGGCUCAUGCCGGGCGCUUCUGCUGCCUGUUUGCGUCAUGCCCUGAAGAAGUACAACCUUACCUAUUUUCAAACAACACGCAAGCUAUUUCAAGACUAACUACAUGUGCUCUGUGGAUUUUCUUGAUAAUUCGUUUUCCUGAGCCAGAUUUCAUUCCAUUCCUCCUACGGGGUUUGCAGCCCUUAAAUCCUUUUGCUUGUUGGUACAAAAGCUGCCUGCACACUUUCUGCUAUAUAUCUGCUGCGGCAACCCUUUGGUUGUGUUUUGUCAGCCACAUCUCUUCAGUCUCUCUUGUAUCUACCUCUUAAGUCCUCUUACCGUCUACCUGCUAAAUUAUUUAACUUAGAAAUCCUGUUAACCAUUUGUGUGAUUAACCAAUCUAGCUUUGUGACAUGUUUUGGGUUAUAGCCUGAAUAAAAGUUUCUGUAGAAAGCAAAAGGUGUUGGAAAUAAUAAGCUGAAAAAGGCUAAAUUUGCCCAAGAGACAUUCCCAGAGAAUGUCAGCAAACACAGAUUUUAUUUUACUUGUAAAAGCAGAAACAGCCUGUGUGAAAAAACAGCAGACAGCAUUAUAUACAGAGCAUGGGCUGAAGGCAGUGGAUUUUAAUGGCUUGCUUAACUGAAGAUACAGUGAAAAACAGUGGGGGGAUUGAAAAGCGCUUGUUUUGGUUUAUAAGCAUUGUCUGCAGAGUUAAACAGCUGGUUUCUCUUUACCAGCUUCUUAGUUGCAAUUACAAAAUACUGCAAGCUCUUGAAGUGGAGUUUAUAUGAAAAUACCGAAUAAAGCUUUCAU